CCAACACGGUAUUAGAGCCCGCGUCUGUGCACCGUACACACUACAGUAGGAAGUGCAGUGCAGGAUACACGCUACAAGGUUGUACAAACAGAGGUCCACAAUGAACAGAAACAGGAAAGUCCCAGAGAACGUGUUGGCGGUUUUCUCCAAGUACCAGGCGAACAACGUCAGACAGCUGAAGAAGGAAGAAGCCGUGGAUAUGCUGAAAGCAGAGUUUGGACUUGACGACGAACAGGCCGACAACAUCUUCCACAACUUCGACAAGAACAAUGACAACAUCAUGAGCAUCUGGGAGUUCAAGAUGUUCUUCGACUGUGCUGGCGACCACGCCCAAGAGAUCGUGCAAAAAUUCCGGGAACUUGACGCGGAUGGGAGCGGUAAGCUGGAUGUGGAGGAGGCGAGGAUUGGCUUGAAGACACUCAAGACAGCCACGGGGCGUCUCCUGGAGGAUAAGGAGAUUGAAUUCUUCCUCCAGACGACGGGGACUGACGACAACACCAUCGACCUCGGCCACUUCGUCAACCUGCUGCACCGUCUGAAGCUCUACAACGCCCCUCCUCCACCUGCUAACGUAAAGAUCCAUGCCUAGAGGCCAAGAGGCCUGGAGUAUAAACAUAGAUACGCAGAUAACUGGCAGGACACGGAGGUGGGGGUUAUACCGUAUUCUCUGUAAUAAAUGCUCAGUCAUGAAUGCGUCAUAUCAUGUGCCAAAAUACGCUAUAGACAUACCAUGUCUCUAGUGCAAGUCUUGUGCAACUUCGUUACACAAUGAAAACCCGUAAAUCAGGAAAACCCAGGUUCCGAACGAUUAGUCAAUGGUCCAUUGUCCUCACAAUCGUUUUGGGGUGAUGUUACUGGUCUCGAUUAACGGACUAUUUUUAUACCUGUAUAUAAUAUUCUGAUGAUGGUAUGAUCAAAUAUGCAUCACCAAUAUGAGGUGAGAAUAUGUAUUGGGUGAUCUGCCUGAGACUUGAAUACACAUUAUCGAUAUUUUCUUUUGGAGGAAAGUAAUAGAAACGCACUAGAUUCAUACUCUCUAUUUAUUCACAUAAUGGACUUCAUAGGGUGUAUCGUGUGUAUCGUCAUGCAAAUAUCACAUUUCACUCACUGGAUGAAUAAGAAUAUUGCUCACAAAACUUUCUCCUUUACUCUAACGACAAUUGUGAGGGCAGGGUAUCAAUUCAAAAUGCAAAGCGGGUUUUAAGACUGUCCAACGGUCAGUGAGCAUAGAAUAUGACUGUGUAGUUCACUGCUUUACCAUAUCAGCAUUCUCGCAAAGAUAGACACAUCAUUUUAUUUAUGGUAUACCAUAUACUACACAACAAUAAUAGGUACUAUUAGAUACAAUAAGUAUGCUUGACAACAUUAUAAGAUGCAGCUUUACGGAAUGUUUGAAUGGCUGCGAAGAUUUGGUUUAUUCAGGGGAGGUAACUCGUGUCGGCUUAUUGUGUGUACAGGUGACGUGACGGCAGUAAUCCAGUGUUUGAAAUUGCCAGCUGUCCAUAUAACUUUUCAUUGUCAACAUACAUGUAUUUGUUUUAUAUUAAUUUUCAUAAACAUAAUCUGCAUGAUGUAUCUAUGCAUUUGCUUUGCAAUGUCAUCUGCCCGUAGAUCUUUUUAAAAACUAUUUUGAUUUGAUGUAAUGAAAUAUGUUUCAAGUUAAAAGUUUGCAGGAUUGGAACUUUUAACAUAAAGCAAAAUUGAGCUUUUAUUUCGAUCUAGUGUUCGAGCAGUCCUGUACCAACACUGCGAAAAACAAAAUCUAAACAAGGAAGUCUGGUCAUCUUAAUUCCUCAGAAAUCGCCAGGAUUUUUAAAAGAGAUAUAUGAACUGUGUAUUAAAUAUCAUUAUAUAGAUUUAUGCUAGUCUAGUGCUCGAGGCAUGCUUUUGUUUGUUUGCUGCUCAAUAUUUCAAACUGUUUUAUCAUUUUUUCAUAUGAUGCUCAUGUCUUGUUGUCUCAGAUGUGUUCAAGGAAAUUUCCUAUGUUGAAGUCUUUCACUUUACAUUUUCUAUCUUGGUAUGAUCACGAUUUGAUAUAAUAAAUAUUUGUUCAUAACAAA